AUGGGGAAUAUAAAAAUUUCCUUUUAUGAAGGUAGUAGUGCUUUGGAUCAAAGUAAGUGUAUGGAUAAAUAUGUAGGCAUUAUUACAUAUAUUAAAGAGGAAAUUAAAAAAAAGGGAUAUGGAAAUUCUGUCUAUUGUGAAGAAUUGAAUAUAUAUAUAAACCAAGGAAUUGAUGAAUUAAAAGGUUGUGUGUUAGGAGGGUUCUUGUUCCAUAAUUUAAAUGAUUCUCAUGAAAUAAAAAGCUUAAAAGAAAUAUGUAACAAACAUUCUGAAUCCACUAGUAAUCCCUCAUCUCAUAAAAAAGGGACUACGCAGUUAAAACGUGAAGAAGAAGAUUCACUUGAACAAAGUAAGGAUGGUAAACAAGAAAAUCAACUUCCAAAAGCAGGAGGUGUAUUAAAACAAAAAAAUUAUGAACCCCCCAAGAAAACAAGGAUUUCAGAAGGACAUACUUCCGUAGAACAUGGGGAAAAUCAUGUUGGAGUAGAAGAAUCAAAAUUAAAAAUAGUGUUGCCACAGGAACAACAGGACACAGAGUUAGAUGCGAAUACAAAAGGGGAAACUCGUGAAGAAAAAUCAGCAGAAGUAAUUCAGCAUAGAGACAGAGCUGAAUUUGGAGAUAAAUGGACACAAACCACACGUGCAUCAGAUUCCCAAGAAACUGAUGAACUGGAUACUGGCAAAAAUAAACCUCCUUCACAGUGUAACUUUGAAGAAAAAUCAGAUGAAGCUCGUACUUCGAAAGCAAAUGUUUGUGAAAGAGGAUCUCUUAAUUGUGGCCCAAAGGUUCAUAAUUAUAUAGUUCUUGGCGCGAAUCCUUUUCAAGCACAUGGUGAUAAAACUGAUAGGGAGGAAAAUGGUUAUAAUAAACUCCUUUCUACAGAACUCUGUACCGAUGCAACAGAUUCCGACAAAAUUGGUUCUUCUGAAUAUGCUGCUCUCGAAGCUUCUAAUAGUGCAAUGCCACACAGAGAUGAGCACAGAAAUCAAGAAACCGAUUCCCCUCAAGUUGUGCAUCAUCAACCAAAAACACAUAAACUAGAAGGGAACGGUCACAAAAAUAUAAAAGACCAAUGUAGUGUACCCUAUAGUGAAGUUAAUUCUGAUCAAGAAAAAGGCAGAGUUACAGGUACAGUGCCUAAGGAUAUUCCUAUAGUUAUUACUGCUCCUAAUGAAUCUAAUGGAGGAAAUGAAGGAAUACCAUAUAAUAUAUAUAUCCUAAUUAUAUUAGUACCACUCGCUAUUAUUUUAUUAAUAAUGUUUCUUAUAAAAGUAGGUCAAUAUUUUUUGUGUUAUAAAUAUUAUAACUAUCUUUUAAAUGCUUAA